UGAUGUUGACACUGAACAUUAACUGAAAAAAAUCUUUGUAUAUUCCUCAAUAUUCUUAUCGCACUCUAAAAUUAUCAGUGCCUUUCAAAUAUUCGGUCCCGUUUUUUGUGGUCGGCCCAGAUAUUUUGUUCAUGGUCAAAUGUUUUGAGGUGAAUUCCAAGUAGAGAGAAUGGCAUUCGAAAUGUAUCCGUACUGCACUAUGGCUGCAUUCCUAUUACUUACAUACAUAUUGAUCCACAGCUAAGUAAUGCAGCUGGAAUGCACAUCAAAUAUGCCGUCGGAAUAUUUUGAUUGUGGCUCGAAUCUGGGUCGAAUGCAGUCUCAGCGUCCCGGGAGGCCCUCGAAUGAGUCAGAACACUAGCGAAUUGAAUAUAAAUGCGGUCAGCUGCCGCUGGAACGUCAGUCAGAAUUGAGGAAUUGCAUGGUCUCCUAACAGCACGUUAUGCUGCCAAGGAAGAAGGUGAAGGCCAGGGUGAAGAUCGAAAACUCCUCAACAUGCAGUGACAUUGGAUGGGGAAGAGGUGCUGCAGCCCAAUUAGCCCCUGAAGAGCCAGCUUCUAUUGUUGAUGGGGCCCCAGGACCUUCAGUGUCUGAAGCUGAAUCAAUAGCUUCCCAGAUGUGCACAAUGGCCGCGAUCCAUCUGCAAGCUGCACAAUCAUCCUCUGACAGUGAUAAUGAGCGUCCUCCCAGUGAGGCUACUCAAUCCCACAAGAAGCGAAGGAGGGAGAUGGUGACGGCUGACUUCACCGAGCGGCAGGAGCAGGAGAUGGUUGACUGGCUCCAGGCCCCCGAGCAAGAUUGCCUCCUCAACAAGAAGCACCCUAAUUACAUCAAGAAAGGCCUAAAGGACGCGCUGUGGGAGCAGAAGGCCAGGGAGAUGGACAAGACCAGUGACCAGCUGAAGAAGUGGUACGUGAACAUGAGAUCAAGGUUUGGCAAGUUGAAGCAGGUUUUCCCAGGUUCGGGCAGCAAUGAACUGACUGCAAGAGACUGCUGGAUCUUACGCCACUUUGAAUUUCUCAGGCCCCAUCUCAUAGUCCAGGUCAAAAAGAGGAUGUCUAUGAAGGCUAAGGUCCGCGCCCGGGCAGCUCAGGCUGAAGCACCACGAGUUCCCCAGUGUGAAUUUGAGUCUGUUGGCACUGAUCAUCAUCCCCUUGCAGCCGCUCAGCUUGAUGCAUACACUCCCUUGGUAUCCAUGCCCGGGGCUUCUAAUCACAUUGAGGCUACUAGGGGAAAUAUUGCUGAAAUGCAAAGACAGAUUCUGAACGAGCAGAACAAGCUCUCCAGGGUUGAGAAGUCACCAAUGCAUCGACAGAAGGACAUCUUUGCUGAUUUCAUGAAGGAGGUCACCUACACAUUCCCUCCCACCAUGUGGCUGAGGUUCCAAAGUGAAGUGAAUAGCCUACUGCAGAAGUACCAGUUAGAGCUCCACCAGCAGACCCCUAUGCAGACUCAACAACUGCAUCAAGAUGAUGACACUUCUCGUCCAAUUGUGUGCAUGUAUUCUCCCACACCUAUUAAGCAGAAUGAGAUGUCAGAAUAGGGUACAGGGAGUCAGUAGUAGUUACAUUUGUCUGGUAUUGUGACUGGGGCGAGAUGUGGUUUUGACUUUUUUAUAUUUCUUUUUCUUUUUAUAUCCGAACAUUUCAAUGAAUUC